AUGAAUGGUUCUUUCGUUAAAGUUGAUGGGGCAAAUCAUAGCCUAAGCAGUCUGUCACGAUCUUUUAAUGACUUGAGCUGCGAUCAAGAAUUUCACCGGCUAAAAUCAUCACCAUUAAGGAUCCUUUCUCAAGAUGCCAAAGAAAAAUGCGCGUCAUUGCCAGAUAUUACCUUGCCUAAAAUCUCGCCUGGAAAAAGGAGAGGAGAAAGUUCAUUAUCUGGCCAAUCUAACUUAGAUUCAGCGCGACUUAGCCGGGAUUAUGUCAUCCCCAGCUGUAACGAUGUUAGACAAAGGAGGAUCUCUAACUCAACCGUUCAAAAAUCAUUAACCCGACCGAAAUCGUGCACUGCACGGGUGCAUUUGACGCCGAUUGCUCCGAGAACUCCAGAAUUUCUACGGCGCAAACGAAUGCCAUGGCCAUCGUGGCCAGUUUCAAUGGAGCUGAUCAAAACUCGCAGUGCGCCAACCUCGCCGAUCCUGUCUAAAAAACAUUCUGAUUCAGCUGAAAGACCUUCCGUCUCUAAAAGUGUGAGCUUCACGUCUUCGAUAUCCUUAGUUGAGGACACAGUGUUUGAAGAAUUUUCCUCGCGACGAAAGAGUAACGACCAUGGGUCUACGUUAUCUUCGACUCCACUGGUCUCUCAUGCUUUGCGUCGAAAAUUUGAAGAUUCUGAGAAAACGGCAAGGAAAGCGAAAAAUCUGAUAGACGAUUUCAAAAGAUCCUGUCCAGUUCAACAAAGGAGAGACCAAAUUGAGAGUAAAUCACUGGCAGAAGCCUUAGAUGAAGUAAAAAACUGUAGAUAUUUAAGAGUUGUUAAUAGAAAAUGAACAUCGCUUCAAAUGUGUACAUCAUGUAUAAGCAGGUGGUUAAAUAGGGUUGAAAUGCUAUUCAGUCUGGAUAUGACAAUAUUUAAUUUUAAAAUAAAUUAUAUGAGAAGACAACAAGCGAGUUGUUGUUUUUUUCCACUUUUCAGAACUGAAAGACUCGAAAGAAAUUACAAAGAAUGCAGAGAUAGAAAGGCUAUCAAUAUCAUUACUUUAAUUUAGCCUCUCCAAUUCCCUUUUUUUUCCUUUAUUUUCUUUCUUUCUUUCUUUCUUUCUUUCUUUUUUUUUUUUCAAAUAAUGAGCUAUUCCCGUUAUACUCAAAUUGGCCAUGACAGGGGAGAAAAUGGACUUGAAGUGCUUAAGCCUAACCUCUGUAACCCUGAUCAAAGUAACUAUUAGGUCUGGUUAUAAAGAGAUAUAUCCUAUUUUCCCUGUGCAGGCAUGAAAAAAUGUACCCUUAACCUACCCUCAACCCCCUACCUGUCCUUCUCCCGUUGGAAUGUUUUAUUUGACUAAGGAAAGCUUUUUAAUGCAGAAAGGUUUCUCUUGUCGCAAUUGUUAGGAAUCAAACCACACAUCUCAAGAGAUUUACCAGUUCAGCUAACGAUAUAGCAAGGCUUUUUCUGUUAAUUUUUAGAUGUUACCAUGGCAACAUCGUCUAUUGUGACGGGCAGAUAUAUUUUGAUAUUUGGUUUAAAUACCUAAAGAUCUUUACUUUCCUACGGCGAAAUGCCUCUAUUCUCUGCCACAUUGUGGAAAUACUAGAGAAUAUCAAAUGUUGA